AUGGACCUCAUCUCCCGCCGAGCACAGAGUGCCUCACAAGCUGGAUGCACGAACACAAUGUGGGAUGUAAUGAACGACACCUGGAACCCAAGCAUAAGCCCGAACGGAUACGUCAACGUUGGGGUAGCUGAGAACGGUCUCAUGCACGACGAGCUUCUGAAAUUUAUCAACGCCAAGCUAGAGAUUCCGGCAAGAUACCUCACUUACAACGAUGGAGGAGGCGGAUCAACUAGAUUAAGAACAGCCAUGGCCAACUUUCUCAAUAAACACUUCAACCCCGCUAUCCCACUUGAUUUGAAUCAUUUGGUCAUCACCAACGGCGUUUCACCGGCUAUUGAGCAUGUUUCUUGGGUUUUCGCUGAUCCCGGCGAAGGGAUCUUGUUAGGAAGACCUUACUAUGGAACUUUCAUUCCUGAUAUCAGUCAGAGGCCCGGAACGACAGUCGUCCCUGUCAGUUUCGGGGAUUGUAGUCCCUUCAGCUUGGAGGCUGUGGACAAGUAUGAAGAAGCGUUGUUGAAUUUCCAAGAAUCCACUGGGAAGAAAGUUCGCGGGUUGAUGCUGUGUCAUCCACAUAACCCGCUCGGGCGCUGCUAUCCACGUCCAGUCUUGAUCGCUUUAAUGCGUCUCUGCCAGAAACACCAGAUACAUUUGAUUAGCGAUGAGAUUUACGCGUUGUCUGUUUGGGAGAACACAGUCGAUGAAAGCCCGGCGCCGGUGAAAUUCCAAUCUGUUUUGUCUAUUCCACUAGACGGGAUUAUUGAUCCACGCUUGGUGCAUGUUUUGUGGGGCAUGAGCAAGGACUUUGGCGCAAAUGGAAUUCGGCUGGGUACAAUAAUUUCCCAGGCGAAUGACGGCCUUCAUGAGGCGUUGAAAGGGAUUUCUUUGUACUCGUUCCCAUCCGGGAUCACUGAUCAUUUGACGUCUUUGCUCCUGGAAGAUGAGGAGUUUACUGAGGCUUAUAUUCAGGAGAACCAGAAGAGGUUGUCAGAGGCUUAUGCGUUUGUGACGAGAGUUUUGAAGAGAUGUGAUAUUGAAUAUGCGCCUGGGGGCAAUGCUGCUUUCUUUUUGUGGGUUGAUUUAGGGAAGAAGUAUAAAGAGCUUCGACCUCAGAAAUCGGGGGAUGAUGUAGGAGAAGAGAUUAUGCAGCGCCUGUUAAAGCAUAAAGUGUUUCUAGCUAGUGGUGCAUUGUUUGGUUCAGAGAAGGAUGCGUGGUUUAGGAUUGUCUUUUCACAUCCUCGAAUUUACUUGGAGGAGGCUCUUGGUAGGAUUGUCAAAGCACUGGAGAAUUGA